CUUCAACGUACCAUCUUCCUCUCUGCCGCCAAUUCGAUUCUCUUUUCCUUUUCCCUUCUGGACUUUACAGAUUCCAGGCCAUCUCACUCUCCUAUCCUCUCUUAUUUGUCCGGUGCCUCGAUAUCCUGAAGCCGUUGACAAUUCAACAACGCCGCUCUUGACCCGUUCAUUCGGCUGUUCGAGAACUUUAUUUUCACUUAUGCGGCUGCUUCUGGUAUCCCAUUGGAACCUCGACCUGUGAUUUAUACUACGGAAUCUCUCACACACAAGUCCCCGACAACAAAUCCCCCCUUAAGGAAGAAAAACAAAAGCCAAUCAACCCACUCCAAUCAAAAGGCAUCCUUUUCUUUUCUCUUCUAUUUCUUAUUCUCCUAUCCGUUUAAUCAUCGUCUCCGUCUUCGGAUCUGGUUAUUCGACUUGAGCUCUUGAGGACAAACAGACCCCUUUGGAGACUAUACCCUUCAAGUCGCUUAACAUGCAGCACCAUGCCCCGUACGGAUAUCCCACUCCCCCGGCCUCUCCCGCGUACGACAACCUCAAGUGCAACGUCCAACAGCCCUUUGCUACACGGACUUUCCAGCCCCGAUGUGUACCCCUUGCCCCAGAGCAGCGGUUAGGACAGCUUCUCGAGGGCAAGCUCCAGCUCACUGAUAUCCUUGGUACCGGCGCAUACGGCGUCGUCUACACUGCCCUGGAUAUCAACACUGGAGUUCAGUAUGCUGUCAAGUGCCUGAGCAAGUACAAUGCCGAUGGAACUCCGCUGGAACGCCGCCAGGUUGCCUACCAGCAGCGGGAGAUUCGCCUGCACUACCUCGCUUCGGCGCAUCCGAACGUGGUGUCCAUGAUGAAGAUUGUUGACGACCCUGACUGCAUCUAUGUGAUCCUGGAGUACUGCCCUGAGGGCGACCUGUUCUCCAACAUCACCGAGCGCGGCCAGUACGUUGGCAACGAUGAGCUCUCCAAGAAGGUCUUCCUCCAGAUCCUGGAUGCCGUUGAGCACUGCCACAACCUCGGCAUCUACCACCGGGACCUCAAGCCGGAGAACAUCCUCGUCACCGACAAUGGCGAGACGGUCAAGCUGGCCGACUUUGGACUGGCCACCAGUGAGGACCGCUCCGAGGACUACGGCUGCGGAUCAACCUUUUACAUGAGUCCAGAGUGCUUGGACCCUUCCGCGAGAAAGCCCUACUACAUGUGCGCCCCCAAUGAUGUCUGGAGCUUGGGGGUCAUCUUGGUCAAUCUGACUUGCGGACGCAACCCCUGGAAGCAGGCUUCCUUCCAAGACUCGACCUACCGGGCAUACGUUCGCUCGCAGGACUUUCUCAAGACGAUCCUCCCGCUGACCGAUGAGCUCAACGCCAUCUUGGGACGCAUCUUCAACCCCAACCCUGAGCACCGCAUCACACUUCCCGAGCUGCGAAAGAGGAUCAUGGCCUGCUCCCAGUUCACCGUGCCUGCAGUGCCCACACCCCACUCCACCCCAGACCAAUACGUUUCCAACGAGGACGCCAUAGUCGACGACUAUGAAUGCGACUCGGCUCUCUCGUCUGCUUCGUCCUCAUCCACCGAAGGUUCAUUGGCCUCGAGCGUGUCGACUAUCGACGACCUUGACACCGACGAGGACGAGGACGACUACAUGUCCGUCCACCAGGAUCUGCCACAGGAGUACAUCCCUCCUCAGGCAUACGAAUCGGAAGAGCUCGACGCGCAGCAAGCCGUGUACCAGGGCCACGAGUUCGUGCCCCAGCAGUACACUGGUCCUGUCCCCGUCCCUCUACUGCACCCGCAUGCCCACAUGGUUCCUCCUCCUGCGCCGGCAGCUCCUCUGCAACAUGUGCCUUGUCAGCAAGCCUCGGCACCUAUCCAGGCUCCCAUCCCCACGCAGCCUGGAUACCAGCUCAAGUCGCUGUUGCCUUUCUGUGUGGACAUGUUCAAAUACGUUCAGCAUGUGCAGAUGAUGCAGCCAAGCCACGUGCCUUUCCACCAACAGGUCUCCUUCUUGUCCCCCCUCCACGGCUGCUACUGAGGGACAACAACUUCGUAUGCCAGGACCUGGCUGACUUACUACUACUUUAAUCCUUCUCGCUUCUUUCAGACCUUUGGAGAAAACAAAGGCGUCUAAUAAGGAUUCAAGGCGAC